AUGAUGGUUACUUUGCUCUCAACUCGCCAAGAGAUUGCAAACUAUCACCAAGCAAUUUCCAGUCAGAUCUCUCAGUUACUGGCCAGCGCAGGAUCCGGGAAGUCCUUAGGUAACAAUACAUGGACUGCGUGCUAUGAGCUCAGGCAAAGUACACGUUUGAUAGCCACUCAGUGCAUUAUUGCUGGUGAUGUACAAGCGUACACAGCCACUGCAGACAAGGAGGGAACUCAAGAACAGCUCCCCCGCUCCUUAUACGCAAAAACAUUGGAUGCGCUCCUCAAGAACCCUUCCGAAUGGAGAAAGAGAAUGCUUCCAGCACGGUAUGGAAAGGAUCCAGACCCUGUUGACGCAAAAGAGUUCCACAAGUGGCUCAACAUCAUUUUGAAAGAAAUACGUAAGGAUUUGAAUAAAAUCCUCCUUAACGGUAUCAACCUUCCAAACCGGGUUGGUAACAAAAGGCCAUCAAAAUUAAUUGUACCAGACAUCGAUGGUAUCAUUGUUAAGGCAAAACAUGAUUAUAUUGGAGGCCAGGUUCGUGUCCGUGAGCAGAUUCUUGAGGCUGUGGAUCAUCUUCGACGAGGUCGAUACGCUUGGCUGAGAAUGCAAGCCGUUCAUGUGGGUCUCAACUCUGCUGAUUACAGCAAUAGAUCUAUCUGGGCUGUUGUGGAUGAUACAUUGGAACAAUUGCGCAAGAAGACACAACGCUAUCGUUACGCCGACUUCGACCCAUUCAAUGGGGAGAAAACAUUUGCGGAGAUUGAAAAAACUACUGAUUUUUCGUUGCCUACUGAAGAAGAAGUUGAUGCCAAAGUUGAAGAGCUGAACCAGACUUUUGGACCAAGAUUGUGUGUAGAUGAAGGCGCUCAUGAGGAGCCUGAAGAUGAUGAGGAUCACGCUGAUGAGGAAGAUGAGGCUGAUGAAGAGGAUGUGUAA